AGUAGGGGCUAAUAGCAGGUCGGGUCGCGGGGGCAGCAGCCUAAGCAGAGAAGCCCAGACUUCCCUCUCCCCGGCCACUUCGUCCAGCUCUUCCCGGGGGAUCCCGAGGCGUCCCCAGGCCAUCCGGGAGACAUAGUCUUCCCAACGUGUCCUGGGUCUUCCCUGUGGCCUCCUAACCUUUGGAAAUUAUUUUCUGGAAUCCAGAAGUUGUCCACGAUGGCCUCCUGCACAUCAGUUGGCCAGAGUCAGCUGCAGAGGAUCAUCAGAGAUUUACAUGAUGCCGUGCUACAGUUGAGUCAAGAACACGAUGAGUAUUCGGAACCUGUAACCGACAACAGCGCCAACCUGCGCAAGUUCUUCUGCAAGCUCGAGUACCUGCUGCAGUUUGACCUGAAGGAGAAGACAACCUUUCUCGGACAGAGAAAAGACUACUGGGAUUACUUCUGCGACUGCCUGAUUAAGAUCAAGGGUGCUAAUGAUGGCAUCCGUUUUGUAAAGUCCAUCCCCGAGUUAAAAACCUCUCUAGGUAAAGGAAGGGCCUUUAUCCGCUACUCGCUUGUUCACCAGCGUCUUGCGGACACGUUGCAGCAGUGUCUCAUUAAUCAGAAAGUCACAAGCAACUGGUAUUAUGCUCGGAGUCCAUUCCUGGACCCCCGCAUCACCUCGGACAUCAUAAACCACCUGUACGAGCUCAACCAGAUCCAAUUUGAUUUGGCAGCCCAAGAUUACGGUCUCGACGUUGACUGGCCGGCCUUUGCCAGACGGACAUUAGGGGCUGGCUCAUCAUUCCUGUGGAGGCCUCCUAGUCGUUGCUCCAGUGUCAACAGUCUGGUCAGCAGCUAUUCCCAGAUCCAGGAUAAGGAGGUCCCAAUCCCAGACUUGAGUCACCUAACUGAUCUUGGAGGCCAGGGAGAAGCCUCACCCUACGGCAUUGCAGAGAAUCUCCCCUUUGACCUCGCUCAAUCCGACCUAAGGCAGCACAAGCAUCUGGCACGGGUGGAGGAACUUAACAAAGAGGCGGCACAGCUGAAAGAUGUCGUGAAGAACCUUCAGGGUCAGUUGGUAGAAGCUCAGAAGACCACGGGCCCCCUGCCUACUACAAAAAUGGAUGUCAGUAAUCACUAUCAGACAUGUUGGGAAGGUAAAAACAAUGAGCUUCAGAAUAGACUGACAGCCACUGAGAACAAAAACAUGGAGCUUCGGUCAAAGCUGGAUGAGGCUCUUAAAGAAAAGAAAAGCUAUUGCGACUCUGCCUGGAAGAUCCAGGAACUUGUGGAGAAACUGAAGAUGGUGGAGGAAGAGAAGUUGGAGGCCAAGAGGGAGGCAGAUGACAGAGCCAGGCAUUUAGAGCGUAUGUCUCAGGAGCUGAAAAUAAAGGAAGAAGAGUUUAGGACCAGCACAGAGAAGCUGGCCAAUGUCAAAUCCAUGGCCCAGGAUGAGCGCGAGGACACCCUCAAGCGUCUGGAGGAGCUCCAGUGUGCCGUCAGUCGCAUUCAGGGAGCCUUGUCGCUGAAAGAGAAAGAGAGCGGAAACUUGAGAGCGCAACUUCAGCACCUGCAGGCCUCGCUAGAGUGCAGAGAACGACAAGCGGAGGACCUGCGGAGGAGGCUGCAGGAGGAGCGUGACGAGAUUGAGCGGAGAUGCAGCGUCCGAGAUAGCCAGAAUGAAACUCUGGCGGUUCAAGUGCUGGAUCUGCAAAAAAGCCUUAAAAACAGAGAGCGAGAGCUUACUGUCAGCUCAGAGAGGAUCAAGCACUUGGAAGAACGUUUGGAGAAGCUGAAUGUCGAGGCAGGGACUCCGAUUUCUAAAGCGGCUGAAGAUGACACAUUCGAACAAACUGGGAACCUCGAGAACUACAAAGCCCAGCACUGCGAGCUGAAUUUCACGAUACUGCAAGCCUUUAAAAAGAGCGAAGAGAGCGUCGUUGAGCUAACUCGCAGCAGUGAAGCCUUGUUAGACCAGCUCGCUGCUUUGAGGGCUUCUGAGAAGCAUCUCAAGGUAAGGUUGGAGGCUGCAGAGCUGUGCUUGAAAGAGCGUGAGAAGAAGCUUCUAGAUAAAAACUGCCAUUUGGAAGAGCUUGUAGAGAAGGCUUUUCUCGAGAAGGAGCAAUCUGACACUCAACUGAAGAACAUACAGCAGGAAAAUGGAGAGCUCCGAGAGUUUCAGUCCUCGUUGAAGAUUCAACUGGCCGAGGCUCAAGAGGAGCUAGACUUGCUUAGCGUCAAAGUGUCCAAUUUGGACGAAAACCUCACAGAGUCCCAAAAAAAACACGCCGAGCUGCUGGUAAAAAUCCAGGAACGGGAGGCACAGCUCCAAGAGCAGACGGCUCAAUGUGGUCUUCUGCAGGCUCGAGCUGAGGAGCUUGAGAGCAGGGCCUCAGAGGUGCACGAUGAAAAGGGGGCGUCUGAAAGCAAUGAGAAAAUGCCAAAGGUUCACCAGGAACAUCUGACAUCUGAGAACAAAGAAGGUCCUUUCAGGCUGGUGAUCGCUGAAGCUCAGCUGGAGCUCAACCUGAGGGAGGUGCACCGGCUCAGGGAGGAAGUGGUGGAGCUCAGGGCUCAGCUGCUGUCCGGCAACGAGGAGAGAAUGAAAGCUCAGGCCCUUCAGGAAGUGACAGAGUUCUCCAGGGAGGAUCUUAGAGUCUUGACAGAACAACUCAAGGCUCAAGUGGAGGAGCUUAACAGGCGGCACGUAGAUGAAAUUCUGCGUUCUCGUGAGCGUGAGGAUGUGCUGAUCCGCGAGCGAGAUGGUGAGGCUCAGGCUCGGACCGGCCUCGCUGCAGAGGUAACGGCUUCUGGAGAGGAGCUGCACAAGCUCAAGCAGCGCUAUGACGCCAUGUGCCUGGAGAACAGUGACUCCAGGGAGGCAUUGCACCGGGCCAACACUGAAACCGCCGAGCUGGGAGUUCGCGUGUGCAUGCUCACGGCCGAAAAGGAGGAGGCCGACCUGCGCUGGGACAGCCUCUCCAAGAGGUUGCGUGAGCUGGAAGAUGAAGCCUCAAAGGAGGACACAAGGUUGAACGCUCGCACUGAGCAGCUCCGCCUGGAAAACCAGCAGCUCCUCAGCAAGCUCCACCAAGAGAAGGGCCUGACGCAGAAGCUGCAGGAAGAACUUUACAAGGCCCGGAAGGACAUAGAGACGCUGCAGGACAGAAGCCGUGAGGAGGUGGAGGCUUUCCGUGUGGAGUUGAGCAACCAGGCCUUCAGCCACAGCGGCCAACUGCAGAGUAUGAAUGAAGAGUUGUUGGAUGUGAGGUUACAACUGAUGUCCGAGCAGGAGAAAGCAGUCGAGAUGGAGAACAAACUAAAGCGAUUAGAGGCUGAGGCGCAGAGUUCCCGCCAACACCGAGUGGAGAAAGACAUCCAGAUGACCCAGUCGGAAAAUCUCACCCAGCAGCAAAAAGAGUUAAUCCUUCUGAAAAAUAAUUUAUCAAGAAGUGAGGAAGACCUGGAGAGGGCUCGGCGGGACUGUCUGGAGCUCAGGGACACUUUGAAAAGGCUCACAUUGGACAAAGAGAACUUUGACCUGAGGACGGCCGUCGGAGUUGACGACCUGUACCGCACAAUGGUGGAGGAGAGGAUUGUGAAGCUCAUCAGGGAGAAGGACGAACUGUGGCAGAAGAUGGACGCCCUGGAGUUUGAGAAAAAGCUGCGCGACGAGGAGACGGCGCGGGACUUCAACUACUGCCUGAGCUGUCACACUCCCUUCGGAUGGUGGCUCCGCAAAUACUACUGCAGAUUAUGUGGCCGCCCCUUCUGCCACUAUUGCCUAGCCAGUGCAGGGGGACACCAGCAGAGCGGCGUCACAGAACGCUGCUGCAGGGACUGCUGCAAUCAGCACAGCAUGGAGGCUGAGCGCCCCCUACAGGAGGACAUCAUCACUAGCACGCCGGCCUCAGCCUUGAGCCGACUGUUGCAGCCCCUGAGAGUUGUGACCAGCCGUUCUGAAGGAGCGGACGACAAUCUUGAGGAUGGUGUGUUUGACAUCAUCACAGAAGAGGAAGUUAGUGGAGUCUAUGAUUGUGGUGGUUUUGCUAGAGCCUGCACUGCUGGGCAUGGACAGCUGGAGGCAGCACAACUAAGCAGCAGCACAAGGACGGUCGCAUCAGAAGACAACCACAGAGGUGGUGCUGUGCAGGAUGCUGAGAUCUGCCUGCUCAAGUCUGGAGAACUCACGUUGGCGUCUGUCUUCACGGUGGAUCACAUCUCAACAUUCGGCGAAUCUCCCCGGGAGCUUUCCAUCAAGUCCAGCUGCUACAGCACCGUCCCCAUCAGCACGGGCCGCCCCGGCGCCACCGUCAGCUGGACGUUCACCUCGGAACCCAAGGGCAUCUCCUUCAGCGUGGUAUUCCGGGAGAGCGCGGAGACGCCACUGGAGCAGGCCAAGGUUUUGAUCCCACUGACUCGCUGUAAUUCCCACAAGGAGACAAUAAAAGGGGAAAUGAAAGUCAGAAAGGCUGGAGAGUACACGCUCAUCUUUGAUAACUCCUUUUCCAGGUUCAUCUCCAAGAGAGUGAUGUAUCAUUUGGCGGUAGACAAGCCGGCGGCGUGGUGUGACGGUGGCAACCUCCCGUGAGAGGAAGCUUGUCAAAGAAGUGUUGAUACAGCAGUUAGUGCUGUCAACAUGUUAAGGUACUGAAGCUCGGUCAACUUGACGUAUGGCAACCUCAGGUGAGGGCACUUUAGGAACAAACAAACAUGAUAUCGAUCAUCUACGAAAAUAAAACUACCAAUUUUACUACAUCACUACACAACAAUGUUGUUCCAGGAUUUUUAUUGUUUUAAUUUAACGUAUUUUGUAUUGAAAAAUGCUUAAUCUCAGCACAUUUACACCUAAUCACAAAAGAAAUAAGUACAAAUAAUGAGAUGUUUGUUUAUUCAUCAGGAACAAAAUAAAUAGCCAUGUCAUUACUAUCAUACUUGCCAACCGUCCCGGUUCUACCGGGAGACUCCCGGAAUUCAGCGCCUCUCCCGAUAACCUCCCGGAAGAAAUGUUCUCCCCGAUAAACUCCCGGAAUUCAGCCGGAGCUGGAGGCCACGCCCCCUCCAGCUCAAUGCGGACCUGAGUGGGGACAGCCUGUUCUCACGUCCGCUUUCCCACAAUAUAAACAGCGUGCCUGCCCAAUCCCGUUAUAACUGUAGAAUGAUGGAGGGCGAGUUCUUGGUUUCUUAUGUGGGUUUAUUGUUAGGCAGUUUCAUUAACGUCCUCCCAGCGCGGUAACAACACACAACAACACACGUCACGUUUUCGUCUACCGUAAAGCAGUUCGUCUGCCGCAAACAGCAAUGUUGUGACACUCUUAAACAGGACAAUACUGCCAUCUACUGGAUAGCCUCCGGAACACUGAAAUUCAAGUAUUUCUUUUAUUUAUAUGUAGGGAUGUCCGAUAAUGGCUUUUUGCCGAUAUCCGAUAUGCCGAUAUUGUCCAACUCUUUAAUUACCGAUACCGAUAUCAACCAAUACCGAUAUCAACCGAUAUAUACAGUCGUGGAAUUAACACAUUAUUAUGCCUAAUUUGGACAACCAGGUAUGGUGAAGAUAAGGUACUUUUUAAAAAAAUGAAUAAAAUAAAAUAAGAUAAAUAAAUUAAAAACAUUUUCUUGAAUAAAGAAGAAAGUAAAACAAUAUAAAAACAGUUACAUAGAAACUAGUAAUUAAUGAAAAUUUGUAAAAUUAACUGUUAAAGGUUAGUACUAUUAGUGGACCAGCAGAACGCACAAUCAUGUGUGCUUACGGACUGUAUCCCUUGCAGACUGUAUUGAUAUAUAUUGAUAUAU